GAUCAAAGCGCGAGUGGAAAUAUCAUUAUGCCUCCCCUUUCCCCUCCGUCUGUCUUCCUCUCUCCUCUGUCUUCCUCUCUCCAACUCUGCAACCCAAAACCUCCAUUAAGCUAGAUUUCUAGAGAGAAAAAUUCUCAAAACCCUAGAUUUCCUUUACAUAUUUUUCCAGUGAUCUCUCACAACAAUUUAUUUUCCCCCUUUCUUGGUACCACAAACAAAAUCGUUUCUACAUCCUUUGGUCGUGUGUGUGGCCACAAAUUUGUUUUCCCGUUGAUUUCUGAUCAUCGUUUUGAUCAAGGGUUUGGACUUUGGACGGUUCAAUUUGCGCUUUAUUUAUUUGUUUUUAAUGAUUUUUUUUAGCUAGCGUUGAAUUGUAGAUAGGGUUCCGUUUGGACGUUGAUUUUGUGACUUUUGAUGGAACCUCGUGUGGGUAAUAAGUUCCGUCUCGGCCGGAAGAUCGGUAGCGGCUCGUUUGGAGAGAUCUAUCUUGGCACUAAUAUUCAAACAAAUGAAGAAGUUGCUAUUAAGCUUGAAAAUGUCAAGACAAAGCACCCCCAGUUGCUGUAUGAAUCGAAGUUGUAUAAAUUACUACAGGGAGGAACUGGAAUUCCAAAUGUGCGAUGGUUUGGGGUUGAAGGGGACUAUAAUGUUCUUGUGAUGGAUUUACUGGGACCUAGUCUUGAAGAUUUGUUCAACUUUUGUAGUAGGAAGCUGUCCUUGAAGACUGUACUUAUGCUCGCAGAUCAGAUGAUAAACCGGGUUGAAUUUGUCCAUUCCAAAUCAUUCUUGCAUCGAGAUAUUAAGCCAGAUAAUUUUCUUAUGGGAUUAGGGAGGCGUGCAAAUCAGGUCUACAUAAUUGACUUUGGUUUGGCUAAGAAGUACAGAGACUCCUCAACCCAUCAACAUAUUCCUUAUAGAGAAAAUAAGAAUUUGACGGGCACUGCAAGAUAUGCAAGCAUGAAUACUCACCUAGGCAUUGAACAAAGUCGGAGGGAUGACUUAGAAUCACUUGGUUAUGUUCUUAUGUAUUUCUUAAGAGGAAGUCUCCCGUGGCAGGGACUGAAAGCAGGAAAUAAGAAACAAAAGUAUGAAAAGAUAAGCGAAAAGAAAGUGUCAACCUCUAUUGAGGCCUUAUGUCGGGGGUAUCCCACAGAAUUUGCAUCAUACUUCCAUUACUGUCGAUCAUUACGGUUUGAUGAUAAACCAGAUUACGCUUAUCUGAAGAGAAUCUUCCGGGACCUUUUUAUUCGUGAAGGCUUUCAGUUUGAUUAUGUGUUUGAUUGGACUAUUUUGAAGUAUCAGCAAUCUCAGCUUGCCAAUCCUCCUUCCCGUGCUCUUGCUGCUGGUGCUGGAACGAGUUCUGGGAUGCCCCAUGCAAUUGGCAAUGUCGAUAGACAAUCAGCUGGUGAAGAUGGUAGGCCUACUGGUUGGUCUUCAUCAAAUCCAACACGUAGAAACACUGGACCACCUGUAAAUACCGGAGGCUUGUCUAAACAAAAAAGUCCAGUUGCAAAUGAUUCAGCCAUGGCCAAAGACAGUAUUUUGUCUGGUUCUAAUUUUUUGCGGACAAGUGGAUCUUCGAGGCGACCUGCUGUCUCUAGCAGUCGUGACCCAGUGAUUGCUGGGAGUGAAUCUGAUCCUUCUCGCCUCCGUGCCACUGGUGCAAGUCCAAGUGCACUUCGCAAAGUUUCUAGUUCUGCUCAAAGAAGUUCACCAGUUGUAUCAUCAGAUCACAAGCGCAGUUCUUCUAGUAGAAACCCCUCUAACAUAAAGAACUUUGAAUCCACUCUCAAGGGUAUUGAGGGCCUGCACUUUAAUAACGAUGAGAGGCUGCAUUAUUAGUUGUCUCUAUUCGACCCUCGUCUACUGUAAAAAUUGAAAUGGUAAUACUUUGGCAUGCACUUGGAGUGGAAUCUGUUAUUUUGUGUUGUUCUUUGAAGACAGCUGGCAGCUGAAAUAUAAGGUGGUGCAAGUUGGGUAAUGUUAUACUAGAAACCAUACAAUAAGAGAUCUUGAAAGAGUAGAGCAGAGCCCGACUAUAUCCCACCCAAGUUAGGCUUGUCAAUACAGUGUGAGUUGUUUUGGAAUGGUUUCAGUUAUAUUGUUGUUUUGAUCCUUGUUUUCCGUCAGCUCUUAUGUUCAUUGUUCCGUCAAUUCUAUAUGUUAACGACGUGGGUUAUAAGCACUGUAAAACUGUAACUAGGCUAUUUUAUUGAUUUUUGUGGUGCAUUUAGAUUUCCAGAAGACUUGGAUAUCAAUAUUAUCUAAAACUGGAAGGUUGUUUUGUUGAUUA